AUGCUUGCGCAGAUUUUACAUGAUCUCUAUAUACCACCAGACUUGCUUGAUGAAUUGCCAGAAGAUCAAAAACAAUUACUUUUUUGUAAAAUGCGUGAAGAACAAGUACGAAGAUAUCAUGAACGAGAACAUAAUGAAACAAUAAUAACAAAUGAUAGAAAAAAUAAAAAAAAGAAGAAAAAAGUCACAUUUCUACUUGGUGCUGAUGGAAAUGAAUGGUGCUGGAUCAUGGGUGAAUCUGCAGAAAAUACUGACAAGCAAUUCAAUAAUAGAAUUAAUAAUGAAAAUAUGAAUAUCGAUUAUCAAAAUGGGUAUAAACAAUCAAGAACCAAUAUUAAUACUACGCAAAGUCCAAUAAAAACUGGUGUUUAUUUUACAGUACAUCGUGAUGAACGUAAACAAAUCGAAGAAAUUUCUAAUAAUAUACAAGAAGCACGUCGUAUUUUCGAACGACUUGAAUCAGAUACACGACGACUUGCAUUAACUACAGAAAAUGAAAUUUUACAAAAACAACAACAACAUUCUCAACCAUCUCCACUUCAAAUAUCUCAAUCAGAUUUUGUUGAUGAAAUAUUUUAUCAUGAAAUUGAACAACGUGCAAAAAAAGCUGAUCAAGAUCGACGUGAAGCAGCACAACGAGCACGUGAUUAUUUUCAUCGUCAAUCAUCAUCAUCACAAUUAGAUCCAUGUUUUGAUACUGACGAACAUAUAACUUUUGCACUUCAACCAAUUAUAUUAAAAACAUCAAAUCGUAUAAUAUCAAAUGAGAAAAAAAAUGAUAUCGAAUUUGAUGAAAGUCAAACACCAGCUUUUCCAAUAUUUUCUUCGGAUGAAUCAACAACAUUAGAAAAUAAUCAUGAAUCACAACCAACAAUUGUUCCUAAUGACCAACAACGAACUCUUAUGUUAUAUAAUGAUAGUUAUUUUCUUUUCAGUAAACCAUUAUCAGUAAUAACUCGUGCAGAUAUUCGUCAAUGGUUUUAUACGAAUGAAAUACCUUAUGGUACAUUUCGUUCAUUAAAUGGAGAUAUAUAUCCAUGGUUUCAUGGUAUUAUUUCACGUGCUUAUACUGAACAACUUCUUUGUUCACAACCAAUUGGUACUUAUUUAAUACGUGUUAGUGAAAAAAUGUUUGGUUAUGUUUUAUCUUAUCAUGCAUCAGAUCAUUGUCGUCAUUUACUUAUUGAAGUUACUCAACAAGAACAUGCUUAUCGAUUUUUAGGUGGUGCUAAAAAAGAAUUAUUUGAAAAUCUUAGUCAACUUAUUGAUAAAUAUACUAAUGCUCCAAUUCGCUCAAAUUCUACAGAUGUUCUUCGUUAUCCAUGUGCACAAAUUGAUCUUGAACGAGCAGAUUAUGCGGAUUUAUUUGUUGAGAAUAUUGAAAAUGAUAAAUUAUAUGAAUCUUUGUAUAUAUCACUUGAUACAACGACAUCAUCAUUACAGUCGACAACACAUUUGUAG